GUACGGGUUAUCUGUGACGUCGAGGGUUUGUACAGAUUCUUCGAACUCUCAGACUGGUUGCGUUACCUGGUGGAACCGGACAACAACACGGAGCAACAUCGAUAUUAUCAACCCCCCCAAAAAACGAAACAAUACAAGUCCUGCAAAUAGAAACGACAUACUGAACACUGAUGCACCUAAAUUAAAUUUACAGUAAUUGCUGUUAAAUUAAAUAAUAUACUGUAUCUCCUGCCUGUGCAAUUUCAUAUAAAUAGAGGAAGCGCGGCCUGGUACUAGACGAGCGAAGUUGCUGCAGCCUCGGGAUCGAGUGGAAGUUAUAAUUGGUCUCCCAAGCAUCUGCUUCUGUGGAGUCUGUCAGCAGGGCGCGGGCUCUGAGAGCCGGCCCUGUGAAUGAGGAAGUGGCACGAUAGAUCCCCAGGUAGAAAAGAGACUGCUGAUGGGAGAAACUUGUUUUCCUUAAGCCUGGGUCAGUCAGCCUGCUGCCAUUAUGGAUGAGCAGCAAGCGUUGAACUCGAUCAUGCAGGAUCUGGCUGAGUUGCACAGGGCCAGCCGCCCCGCCAUGUCUCUGUCUGACAUUGGAAAACCUAAGGCCUCUUCUCCCAAAAAUCAGAAUGAUGUCAGAGUGAAGUUUGAGUAUAGAGGUGAAAAGAGAAUUCUGCAGUUCCACCGCCCAGUGAAACUAGAGGACCUCUUUUCAAAGGCUAAGGUGGCCUUUGGUCAAUCAAUGGACCUACAUUACACAAACAAUGAGCUUGUGAUACCCCUGACCACACAGGAUGACCUGGAUAAAGCAGUGGAGCUUCUGGACCGCAGUGUUCACAUGAAGAGUCUGAAGAUACUUCUAGUGUUGCAAGGAAACAAUCAGGUUUCAACCAAUAAUAUGGAAUUGGAUGACGAUAACACAGUGUUUAGAAGCUCUGAGAAGAAAAUACCCCAUCCUUUAAUAGGUACUCACUCCACAGACCGCAGCUCUCCCCCUCCAGGGUACGUACCAGACGCCCAGCAGCAAGUAGCCCACAAGGGAUCCUUUACCAGCAUCAAUAGCGAAGGGGAGUUUAUUCCAGAAAGCAUGGACCAGAUGUUGGAUCCUCUAUCAAUGAGCAGCCCUGAAAACUCAGCAUCAGGAAGCUGCCCUUCACUAGACAGUCCUUUGGACAGUGAGAGUUACCCCAAAUCCCGAAUGCCCAGGGCCCAGAGCUAUCCUGAUAACCAUCAAGAAUUCUCAGAUUAUGAAUUUCCUGUAUUUGAGAAGUUUGGAAAAGGUGGGACAUACCCACGCCGAUACCAUAUCUCAUUCCAUCAUCAGGAUUACAGUGAUGGCCGCAAGACAUUCCCUCGUGCUCGCCGGACCCAGGGAAACAGUUUUCGUUCACCAGUGAGUUUCAGUCCCACAGACCAUUCACUCAGCACCAGCAGUGGGAGCAGCAUUUUCAGCCCUGAGUUUGAGGAGAGUCGGAGCAGGAGGAGGGGCAGCGACAUUGAAAGCAACCCCACACUCGCUGUCAUGGAUAUCAGCCCACCCAGUCGCUCUCCCAGAGCUCCCACCAACUGGCGUCUGGGGAAACUGCUUGGCCAGGGAGCCUUUGGGAGAGUGUACUUGUGCUAUGAUGCCGACACUGGUAGGGAGCUGGCAGUGAAACAGGUGCAGUUUGAUCCUGACAGCCCAGAAACGAGCAAGGAGGUGAGCGCCUUGGAAUGUGAGAUCCAGCUGCUGAAGAACCUGUUCCAUGAGAGAAUCGUUCAGUACUACGGUUGCUUGAGGGACACUCAGGAAAGGACCCUCUCCAUUUUCAUGGAGUACAUGCCAGGGGGAUCUAUAAAGGACCAGUUGAAGGCCUAUGGUGCACUUACAGAAAAUGUGACCCGGAAAUAUACACGACAGAUCCUGGAGGGUGUGUCUUAUCUACACAGCAACAUGAUUGUACACCGGGAUAUCAAAGGAGCAAAUAUCCUUCGGGACUCUGCAGGAAACGUCAAGCUUGGUGAUUUUGGAGCUAGCCAGCGGCUCCAGACCAUCUGCCUAUCUGGGACAGGGAUAAAAUCAGUCACUGGCACCCCCUACUGGAUGAGCCCCGAAGUGAUCAGUGGAGAGGGCUACGGGAGGAAGGCCGACAUCUGGAGUGUGGGCUGCACCGUGGUUGAGAUGCUGACGCAGAGGCCUCCUUGGGCAGAGUUUGAAGCCAUGGCUGCUAUCUUUAAAAUCGCCACCCAGCCAACAAACCCACAGCUGCCACCCCAUGUCUCGGAUCACUGCCGAGACUUCCUCAAACACAUUUUUGUGGAGGCAAAGCUGCGUCCGUCUGCUGAAGACCUGCUGCGGCACACCUUUGUGCACUAGCACGCCCCCGUCCCCCCAUCCCCGUCUCUGGCUUUCGACAGCACUUUUAUAAUAAAUAGUGUUGGGUGAGCUUGCAUGGAUUUAAUGCUAAAAACUGUUGAAAACGAGAUAUUUGCAAGACUAACGUUCUUUCAGGAUACAGCAGGAAAAAAUGGUCUUCAUUCUCAAAUAUCCUGUUUUGAUUAUAUUGGUUAGUAUAUUAUCUAACUACUUUGAUUAAUGUAAUUAGACAGCCUCCUAUUGAUGUUGACACCAUAUUAUAUAUAUGUAUAUAUUUAUAUUUAUAUAUAUAUAUAUAUAUAUAUAUAUAUAUAUAUAUAUAUAUAUAUAUAUAUAUAUAUAUAUAUAUAUAUAUAUAUAUGGUGUCAACAUAUAUAUAUACACACACACACACACAAUGAAAUCCCUUGAUUACGAGUAUUUAAAAAGAUGCUAAUGUGCAGCAGUGAAAAAUAUAAACUGCUAAAAGCAUAGUAACAAUUUAUUUAAAUGUGAUUUUACAACUUACAUUUGUAGAUAGUCCCUACAUUCUGUAUGUGUUAAGCCAUUGGAUUCUGCUGCUUUCACUCAUAGUGACCAAUAGCUCUGGCAAUGCCAGUUGGUUAUUAGGCCAGCUCCUGUGGCCAUUGUGAACAGCCAGCUGCGUAUUGGAAGAUCAGAUUGUAUUCGGCAUCAGUAAAUGAUAGAAGAGGCCACAGCUUGGAUAUGAUCUGAAGAUGGUAUAUACCUUUCGGUAUGUAUUUAUUAGUUUGCACAUUGACUUCCAAUGCAUUCACCAUAAAGCUGUUGUGGAAAUGGUAAUGCUUUAAUUGGAUAUGUUGAGAUAUUUUUACCAAAAAAGUAUAUAUCAAUUCUAUACUGUAGUAAACUUUUAACUAUUAACUUUUAACUUAUAUAUAUAUUACACAUACAGAUGAACUCAUAAUGAGUUUUUGGAAACUUUUAUGUGAGUGUUUUUAAUUUACUAAAGUUUUGUUUUAUUUACAAUAAAUAAGAAUACAAAUAAGUGUUUUUAUUAUUUACAAUUUGAAUUUUCAGUUAGUAGAAAUAAUGUUCUUGAAACAUUUCUAGUAGAAAUGUUUCAAGAAGACAUUCUUUAUUUAUUUUUUAUUUUUGUUUUACAAUAGAACGUAUAGCAUAUCAAGUACUUAACGGAAACAAUAAAACAUUGAUGAGCAGAGUUAAAUAACGAAGUAAUUUGAAAGUGGUUUUGAGAUACUGUUUCUUCCUCAGUAGCGUAAUAAAGCUAGUUUUGUAAAUAUAUAUAUUUUUAUUUCAAACCUUGCCCAUUUCUAACACUUGUUUGACUUGACUAGGUCUGGCCUAGGUUGCAAUCUAUUAUCCUGAAGUUUUAUAUUUAGAGAAGAAAAGUGUAGUGUUUUUGUUUCCAAAUUGGAAUAAUCAGAAACUUUUGAAGAGUUCACCUUAGUCCCACAGACUGAAAGCACUUUAUUGCAUGCAUUAUCAUUGUUUUUUAAUGAGCGGUUUGAACAGUUGUAUGCCACAUUUUCAUCUGCAGUGUAUUUUGCUGCCCUGUCCUAUAUUACACUCUUGCCAGGACCCUUUUCCAUCUGCACAGAGUAAGAUAUCCUGGCAUGUAAAGAGUGUCACAGGGCAGAAAUUGCAUGCAUGUAUAGUUUUAAUUUCCCAACUUCAAUGCCUUCAAUUAGCAUAAUAAAUAAAUGCUCCGGCCAUGUGUUGGCUUAACUGCUGUUGGGAAUAAUGAAUGCAGUUGGAAACAUACAAACUCAAGUAUGAUAUCUAGUGAAUACAAGGCAUUAGUAGUAUGAAUUGUGGAUCUGUGGAUUAAAACAAAGCCUACUGUUUAUGGUACAGCAAAACUUUCAAUUAAGAUGGGAGAGCAGGUUUAAUGCCAGAAGUGUUGUAGACAUAAAGCCUGUUAGUUGCAUGCUCAAUUAUUUUAAUUAAGAAAUUUGCUUCCAAUUCAUAGUUUAGGGUAAGUCCACAUAUGUCAUUUUCACAUUAAGUGCUCUUUGAAAGGUUCAAGUUUGACAUCACUGGAGUCGCAAAUAAUGCGAGCUGGAAUUUAACCAACUUAUAGGUGAAAAGUGCCCUGGUCCUUGGCAGGUUCCCACUGUGUUGCCCUUGAUUGUAAAGAUGUUUGUUUUUAUUGUUGCUUUAAGUACAGCACAAUAUUUGGUAUUGAUUCAAGAAGUUUUUAAUAUUUACUGCUGUGGAUUAAAAUAAAAAAAUCAGUUGGAUCACAAUUUCCUUUUCUGAGAAGGAAUCUGACUUCUUUAUGAAUAUUGCUUCUUGUUUAUGGGGGUCAUGUAUGAUGCAGGUUAACCAGUGACAAAGGACAGAUAGCGAGUUCAGUCCUUUUCAUUCUUAGUUUCAGUGCUGGAGUACAUUUCCAUGAACUCAUCUUGAGCAUAUAAAUCUACAUUCUGGCCAAUGAAAAUGUUUUCUCAUGAUUUUCCCCAAAUGUACAUGGGAACGCUUGCUUCAGGUGCUCCUAAUCUUGUAUUUUACGGAGUACUAAAAUGAUGCCAAUUACAGACAUAAAUUUUCUUUUUAAUCCCUAAUAUUACAUACUUCAGUAUUUUAUUUUGUUAGGAACUAAGUGCUAAUUACACUAAAUCACAUCUCCUAUUGGAGAGGAUUUUGAAUGGAUCAAAAACUCUUGUGUGUGUGUAUAUAUAUAUAUAUAUACAUACACACACACACACACACAGUGCCUUGCAAAAGUAUUCAGACCCCUGACCAAUUCUCUCAUAUUACUGAAUUACAAAUGGUACAUUGAAAUUUCGUUCUGUUUGAUAUUUUAUUUUAAAACACUGAAACUCAAAAUCAUUUAUUAUAAUGUGACAUUGGUUUUAUGUUGGGAAAUAUUUUUAAGAAAAAUAAAAAACUGAAAUAUCUUGGCACUGUGUGUGUAUAUAUAUAUAAGUUUAAAUACCCCAAUGGAAAUGUAUAAUUUCUAGAAAUUUCUCAAAAACAAAUAAUUAUAGGAAUAAUCUUUUGUAGCAAAAGUUUUGCUUCAUGGAUGAAGAAAACGUUACAAGAAAUGAAUGUCUACAAUUAUUUAUUUCAGCAUUUUUUUUGGAAAACUCCAAAAAUGCUAUUUCAAAAGUAUUCAUACCCUUUGACCCUUUGAUGCUAUGAUGGUAUUGUCUAUAAGGUGCUAGAAAUGUCAAUAUAAUAAUGCAGAACCUAAUUCUAGAAAAGUCUAGAAAAUGCUGGAUUGUAGGUGAACAUUCUUAGAGAGUAUAAAAGGGUUAGGCAUAGGAUGAUUGCUUACAUUACUAAUAAGUCAAUAUGGGAGAAAGUAAAGAGCUAUCUGAAGACCUUAGGCAGAAUGUUAUUUAUUGUCAUAAAGCUGGAGAAGGAUACAAGAAGAUUUCCAAGCAUUUUAGUAUCCCAGUUUCAACUAAUAGUUUCUAUUAUUAAGAAGUACAAGACUCAUGGUACUGUCACAACGCUCCCUCGGUCUGGAAGAAAGAAGGUUCUUUCACCAAGAACAAGAAUUGUGAGGAAGGUUAAUAACAAUCCGAGAUUGACUGCCAAAUAUAUUAAAAGUGAAUUGGCUGCAAGUGGGACUGGGGUUUCCAUUUCAACCAUAGGUCGAGUAUUGCAUGGUGAAGGUCUCAAUGGUCGCAGGCCAAGGAAAGAGCCACUCUUAGUAAAACAUCACAAAGACAAUUGCUUAAAGUUUGCAAAACGGCAUUUGAAUGAUGGAUAUGAGUUCUGGUCAAAGGUUUUGUGGAGUGAUGAAACAAAAAUCGAGCUAUUUGAUCACACUAACAGUCGUUACGUUUGGAUUAUGUCUGGUGAGGCAUAUGAAAAAAAGAACACCAUACCUACUGUCAAGCAUGGAGGUGCUAAUGGGGCUGUUUUCCUCUAAUGACACAGGAAAUUGAGUUCCAAUACAUGGUAAAAUGGAUUCCAUAGCAUACCAAAAGAUAAUGGUAAAUCAUUUGAAACUCUCCGCUACAAAACUUGGUUAAAAGCGCAACUGGACGUUCCAACACAACAACGAUCCAAUUGAGAAUCCUUGGUAUGAGUUGAAAAAUGCUGUGCACAAGAGAAGUCCUUGGAAUUUGAAUGAACUGGAACAAUUUUGCAUUGAAGAAUGGUCAAAAAUCACUAAAGAAUCAUGCCAAAAGCUCAUUGACAAAUAUCCUCAUUGUUUAAAAGAGGUUAUUAUUGCUAAAGGUGCCUCAACUAGCUAUUAAUUUAAUUUUCCUUGUCAGGGUAUGAAUACUUUUGAAUUAGCAUUUUUGGAGUUUUGCCAAAAAAUUGCUGAAAUAAAUAAUUGUAGACAUCUAUUUCUUGUAACUUUUUUUUCCUCAUCCUCAAAAGCAAAACUUUUCCUACAAAAGAUUUUUCCUGUAAUUAUUUGUUUUUGAGAAAUUUCUAGAAAUUAUAAAUUUUCGUUGGGGUAUAUAAACUUUUGACUACAACUACUGUAUGUAUGUCUAGUGCGUAGUUUCACAGUUUUCCUUUUUUUGUAAAUUGAGUGUAACAAGGGGUACAUUGUACAUUUUGUCCUUGUGUGUGUGUGUGUGUGUGUGUGUGUGUGUGUGUAUAUAUAUAUAUAUAUAUAUAUAUAUAUAUAUAUAUAAUUUUAAUUCUAUAUUUGAUCUAAUGGUUACUAUCUGUAAAUGUAUUUUUGCCUUCAGCAUUGAGUGACUGUAGUGUGUAUGUAUGUACAGAUUUUUUUCUAUUACUGUCGAUCUUUUUGCACAUUUUUUAAAAACUGUAUAAUUUGUACACUGAUGUAUUACUCAAUGGCCAAUUGAUGCUGGGUGUACAAAAUCUGGGUUUAUGUGCGCACUUUACUACUGUCUCUACUUCUGUGUCUUUUGGGGUUUUUAAGAUACGUUGGCGUUGGUAGCUUCAUAGUCUUUGGCGUUUUGUACUGCAGCUCUGCGUACAGGUUUAAAUAUGGGAAGGUACACUUUUUUUUUACCCUGUGGAUAUUAGUGGUUUGUUGAAAUUGAUGAAUAUAAUUUAAAUAGAUUGGAUAUAAUAGCUGGAAGGAUUAAUCAAACCUUCAACUUCGAUGUUAACGGUCCACAAAGCUAGUCCACAAAUCAUCCCUUCAGAGUGGUUUUAUUCUGCAGUGCAUGAUAGAAAAAUAAUUCUUGGGCGGGACAGGUAAAUGUUCAAAUUAACCAUAUUAUUUUUGAACGGCUUCAGUCGACAGCAGGAGUUUCCAGUCCAAAAUCGAAUCCAUUUGUAUUAAUUUUUGUUUCACACGUUGCCCAGAACUUGACACAUGUACGCCCAAUGCAAGAGGGUAACUACUUCAAACCCUGCCAGUGUAUUAUCUGCAAAUAUUCCCAAAAUAAUGCAAAAGGACACAGGGUUGUUUCAGGUGCCUUUGAUCACAUAGCAUAUAUUAGCAAGGUCCUGUCUCCCAGCUAGUGUAAUAGAUCCCUCUGCCUUUCCUAAAGCCAGGCGUGUUUACCCUCUCCAGGGUCUUGCUUGGGUGCUUAUAGGAUUUUCUUGUAUAACUAUCUCAAGCUAGCUAUGCCAUUGGGCUGCUGACCCCAAGUAUUGAAUGCACUGUUGAAUGUCUUUGAUGACUGUGUACUGUAUUUCAUUUAGGAGAGCUGGUAUACUCCACACGUUAGAACUCCAUUGUUAGCUAAAGGUUUACAUUCUUCAUGCACAUUUCGACUGUAUAACAAAAAAAGGAUGUACAAAUGUAUACAUUUAAAAAGGUACUUUUUUAAUUACACUUCCUGGUACAAUUGCUUAUCUUGUUGUUAUCUGUAUCUAUUGUAUAAGAAGCCAUGUUUAUAUUAAGCUUGUUUAUAUGAAAUCUGUAUAUCAGUGGUACGCAUCAUCUUUUGUAUUUUUUUUUUUUUAAAAAGACUGAUUUUAUGCAUGAUGAGAUCUGUACGAUUUAGUACACACAUGUUGAAAGAACAGAAUUGUUGCUGUUCUGAUAAGCCCCUGUGUGGAAGCUAAUGGAAUAAGUGCAAAGGUAACCGCUUUACACAAAGUAGCCUGUCUGGACUGGUGAAGAUCUGUGAUAGCUGGCACUUUGCAGAGUGUUAAUAAAGAUAAAUAUUUAUUUCA